AUGGCUUCCGGUAGUGGAGGGCACCAGUUAAAGAUGCUAAGUUCCCCUCUCUGCCUUGGGCUUCUCAGCCUGCGCCAUUGUGCUCUGCCUGGCUGUGACCCCUGUGGCCAGCGCCUCCUCAAAGCUCCUGGAGAGCAGCAGUUCCUGAAGAUGGUGGCUGGAGCCACCUGGGUGCAGCGGUUGAUGUGGCACCUGCAGCGGCAGAACCAACACCCAACCGUGGGGACACUGCAGGAAGCCGGCAUGGAGAUGUCUAUCACCUCUGUCCCCAGGCCCCAGUUUCUGGCCAGCUUUGGCCAAAGCAAGAGGUUGGACUUUGGAGGGGGUGCUGAACGCAAGGAGGAGGGUAGCGGGCCAAUGUCCCAGGGCUGUGGGGCCCCUGGCUGUCGAGGUCAGGUGGAACGUGGUGGGUCUUCGAGAAGGGGACUGUUGACAUUCAGAGACAUAGCUAUAGAAUUCUCUCUGGAGGAAUGGCAAUGCCUGGAUUGUGCUCAGCAGAAUUUAUAUAGAGAUGCGAUAUUAGAGAACUACAGAAACCUGGUCUCCCUGGGUAUUGCUGUCUCUAAGCCAGACUUGAUCACCUGUCUGGGGCAAAAUAAAGAGUCCCAGCAUAUAAAGAGAAAUGAGAUGGUAGCCAAACACCCAGUUACACGUUCCCAUUUCACCCAAGACCUUCAGCCAGAGCAGGGCAUCAAAGAUUCACUCCAAAAAGUAAUACCAAGAACAUAUGGAAAAUGUGGACAUGAGAAAUUACAAUUUAAAAAAUGCUGUAAAAGUGUGGGUGAAUGUGAGGUGCACAAAGGAGGUUAUAAUGAAGUUAACCAAUGUUUGUCAACUACCCAAAACAAAAUAUUUCAGACUCAUAAAUAUGUCAAAGUCUUUGGUAAAUUUUCAAAUUCCAAUAGACAUAAAACAAGAUAUACUGGAAAGAAACAUUUCAAAUGUAAAAAAUAUAGCAAAUCAUUUUGCAUGCUUUCACACCUAAAUCAACAUCAGGUAAUUCAUACUAGGGAGAAGUCCUGCAAAUGCAAAGAAUGUGGCAAAUCCUUUAACUGCUCCUCAAACCAUACUACACAUAAAAUAAUUCAUACUGGAGAGAAACCAUAUAGAUGUGAGGAAUGUGGCAAAGCCUUUAGCUGGUCCGCAAACCUUACUAGACAUAAGAGAACUCAUACUGGAGAGAAACCCUACACAUGUGAAGAAUGUGGCCAAGCCUUUAGGCGCUCCUCAGCACUUACUAACCACAAGAGAAUUCAUACUGGACAGAGACCCUACAAAUGUGAACAGUGUGGCAAAGCCUUUAGCGUAUCCUCAACCCUCACUGACCACAAGAUAAUUCAUACUGGAGAGAAACCCUGCAGAUGUGAGGAAUGUGGCAAAGCCUUUAGCUGCUUAUCCUUGAACCUGACUAGACAUAAGAGAAUUCAUACUGGAGAGAAUCCCUACACAUGUGAAGAAUGUGGCAAAGCCUUUAACUGCUCCUCAACCCUUAUGCAACAUAAGAGAAUUCAUACUGGAGAGAAACCCUACAAAUGUGAAGAAUGUGACCAAGCUUUUAAGUGGCAUUCAAGUCUUGCUGAACAUAAGAUAAUUCACACUGGAGAGAAACCCUACAAAUGUGAAUAA